UGCCCUUUUAAUACAAUAAAAUCGCUGACUAAGCUUGAUCAAAAACAAACCAGAAGUAACCAGCAAAGCGAUUUUCAAGACCUGUGCUGUAGGAGAUUCAUUUAUUAGUUAGAAACAUGUAUAAACACGCUUUGUACAACUCCUAAAUGUGUUGACUUGUAAACUUACGCUAGUUAAUCUAUGUGGUCACCAAAAAAACGUUUGUUUUAGGGAAUUUGGACAAACCAUAAUCACCCAGUAAUUAUGUUGUGUUAAAAUUGAUAUUAUCAUAUGAUGUUAACAUUUUAUUUUUAAACAUGUUGUCUGUGACAUCAUAAUCAUGAAUGCCAAACAGUUUGGAACUAAUUUAUUCAUGCAGUUUGUAGAUAUGCAUUGGUUCGGGUUAAAAGAAUGGUGGGAUUUCUAUCGGUUCUGGGACAAACCAGAACUGAAUUUAAAACGUCAUCUAAGAAUAAAUUCAACCCACCCUUUUCAUGAAACAGACGACGAAUAUGUCUUUGAAACAAGAAAUGGGAUGUUAUACAUUGGAUUUCUAUUGUUUAUCUCAAGCGGAUUUGGUGGUGCCGUAUAUUGGUAUCAAAUGAAAACAUUUUCAAAUGAGCUUUUUGACACCGCAUUUAUAUUCAUGUUUCUCUGGUCUCUGAGAUUGAUAUCAUAUAACUGGCAAAAGCGACGCAUCGUGCUGGAGAAGGAUGGGGAAAAUUAUUUCUUUUAUGUUGGUGGAAAACUUGUUUAUAAAGGAAAUAUUCACAACAUAUAUUUUCGAUUGCGUAGCCAAUGUUCCAGUAAUGGAUCAACGUAUUACAGGUUAGUGCUGAAUGGAUAUCAUGUAGAAGAAUAUGAAAUUACAUCAAUGACGACAAACAAACCAGUGUUGGAACAACUAGCGAAACGACUCGCAUUCCGUUUGAACAUAAAUUAUUUUGAUUCUGAUGAUGUGUCUAUCAGUCAUAUCGUGAGGCACGUCAAUCCACAAACAUUCUAUUUAAAGCCUGCAGCCAAACGGGCAACUGGUCGAGCCGGCAAGCGCAUGAGCGUGACAAGAGCAACACUAGAGGCGUUCUAUUAAAACAUCGGUUCUUGUUUUAACUGGCAUUGUCAAGACAUUAUUUACUAUUGUUGAAAAUAAUGAAAAUUGUUUUUUUUUUUUUUGCGUGUCGGCGCAAUGACACCUGCUAGUCUGCUACUAUACGGUUGGUCUGUUCUAAAUACAUGCCCGCUUACGAGUUACCACAUACAUAUGUAACUUUAUGGGUUUUUGAAAUCGUUUCGUUUUUUUUGUGUAAAUGGCUGACGAUUUAGACAACCUUUAAGAAUAAUCUGAAACAGAGCAGUUUUCGUUAUGUGUUUUG